AUGGCUUCUCAAUCUACGUCUCUCUCACCUCCAGUGUUCAAUGGGGACCAGUAUCACAUUUGGGCUGUUAGAAUGAGAGCCUACCUAAGAGGACAAGGGCUGUGGCAAUAUGUGGAAGAGGAGAAACAGCCACCUCAACUUGGUCUAAACCCAACUUUGAAUCAAAUGAGAAUGUAUGAAGAGGAAAUGUCCAAAGCUCCAAGAGCUCUCUCUCACAUACAUUCGGCAGUAACAGACCUUGUAUUUACAAGGAUAAUGGCGUGUGAAACUGCAAAGAAAGCUUGGGAUAGACUAAGAGAAGAGUCAUGGGAAGUGAUACAACCCGAGGUAGAGAAGGUUAAAGAGUAUGUAGAUAGACUUAUGAGUGUGGUGAACAAAAUGAGAUUGUUGGGAGUUGAGAUGAGUGACAAGAUGAUAGUUGAAAAGGUGUUAGUCAGCCUUCCGGAAAGGUUUGAGUCCAAGAUAUCUUCCUUAGAAGAUUCAAAAGAUCUCUCCCAAAUCAGCCUCACUGAAUUGGUUCAUGCCCUGCAGGCCCAAGAACAAAGAAGGUUGAUGAGGCAGGAGGACUUAAAUGAAGGUGCUAUGUUGGUUGCUCAAAAGGGUGUGAAUAUGCAGGGAAGUAAUAUAAUUUAUGCUGGGGAUAAGAGAGGAAAAGAGAGAGCUGGUGGACAGUGGGGAAAACAGAGUGGAGGAGGAAAUUAUCGACCAUGUUCCCACUGCAAAAAGAAGGGACAUCUGGACAGCAAGUGCUGGUUCAGGCCUGGGAUUCAAUGCAGGGGAUGCAAGCAAUUCGGCUACAUUGAGAAGGUGUGCAGGAACAAAGCUGCACAGCCACCACAGCAAGCACAAAGUGCAGAUGAACAGCAGUAG